AUGAACGGACGUCAGAAAAAUGUGAAAACCAAAAUGGCUGUCAACGGACUCGAUAGGGACAAAGCAUGCCUUGGCCUUUCUGCCAAUUAUGGAGGUUUUGAAAUUAAUAUUGGGCCCACAGACACAAUUUUUGGAAAGAAAUUAGAAUUAUGUGCAAAUGAGUGCCGAUUGGCCAAUUGUCCCCAAUGUCGCACAAUUUUGAUACUCGAGGAAUUAGAAAAAAUUUUCGAUAGUAAAAAGCUUCCUUAUCUUGAAUAUCUAUACGUUAACAUGGAUCACAAUAGAUUUGUUCCAAUGUCUGCAAUUCUCAAAAUUCCAGAGAUGGUCGCUCUAAAAGCAAAUGAAAUCGACUUAAUGCGAGUUGGAGAACACAGCAGAAUGCUGGAGAUGGAUAAAAGCUUUACCAAAUUUAGGAUAAUUUAUCUUCGCAAGUUUUCCUGUCAAGUUCAGGAUCGUUUACAUUGGAAUCGCACUUUUGAUAAUCAACUACCAAGGGAAACUACUAAGCUAUUGAGUAGUUUCGAAAAGCUUAAUAUCGAAGUCAAAAUAAAUUUAGAAAAACUGAGCGCUUCGCUGGCUCCGUCAACUAAAGAUAAAUUGGAAAAAGACGUAUCUGUGAAUUAG